CCAUGCAUUAUGUAUAAGUAUGAAGCUAUGAACACAUAAAACAAAAUCAUAAUCAGCUUUUGUUCUGUACUUUUAUUUCAUUGAUCUUGUUAUGAUGGAUGUUUUCUUAUAAAUGUAAUUUUAUUUAUUUGUAAAUUCUACAUUCACAAAUGCAAAUAUACAGUACCAACUCUAAGCCUUUCUUCAGUGUUUAUGGCAGAGAUUAAAAACUUUAUACAAAUACAAUAUCAAAAUAUCUAAACAAAAAAGCAAUACAAAUAUCUGAAAUAUGCCUAUAUUUAACACUGUCAUUUAAAGGAUGUUUAUCGAUAUUUAUUUACCCUUACAUCUGAAAUAUUUUCAACUUCACAAUUACAAUGUUGACACAAUUACAUAUGAAAUAUUUUCAUUUAAUGAUGUCUAAAAUGACACUGAUGUACCCUUUCUUUUUCUUAUGUCUUGUCUACUUUAUAUAUAUAUAUAUAUUUAUAUUUGUCUGUGCAAAUAAUGUAUAUGAAAUGUUUUAUCUACUGAUAUGCACAUGUUUGUCUGUAUUUGUGAAUUGUUUAUAAUUUGGUAAAAAAAUUAAAUAAAACAACUACUUAAUUGAAUAUGCCCCAUAUCGGACCUUUUAUAGAAUACAGCACUUGUAUUCUGUUCAUUAUCGUGAGGGAUAUAGCUACAGGUCGAGCUCCAAACCGACAGCAAAGCUCGUGUGUGGAAGUGACUCCCCCUUUUGGAGUUGACGCAACCCCCUUUUGAAGACCCCGCCCAUUCCGGAGUAACUCCACCCCCAUUUGGAGAUCUCCGGCCAGCAGCUAUACUUACUCAUUCAGAGAUCUCCAAACGGGAGCGGAAAUCCCCAAAGGGGGCGGGGUAACUCCAGAAUGCGACGAUGUUAGUGCAAAAGGUGGUUGGGCAAAUUCCAAAAAGGGGCGACACCGGUCAUGCGCUUCAAGCUGGUAUCUGCUGCGCUCUAGUGGUCAACCACCGUCAUCGCAGGUCGAACUGAAAACACACCUGUGAUUUAUUAAGUCCCAGGCAGCCAAGCAUAAUAAAUAACCCGUAAAUAAAGCGCCGGAGGGAAAGAAAAUAGUUUAAGCAUGUAAAUAUACAAACAAAAAUAAUAAUCCGAUAGUGUCACUUUGGCAAGAUAAUAAGCAUCAACUCGUUUUUGUGUGUGUGUGUGUUUUUUUAAGGUUUAAAACAAACUGAACUAAAAGUUAAAUCAGAGGGUAAUAUAAGCUUAAAUACUACCAAAACGAAUAAAAUCAAAUGCAAAACAUUUGUGUGUUUAUACAGCCCCUGUCUUUAACUUUUAAAAUGCAUAAUUAUUUUAGCAUACAUUUUUCCAUGUGCAAAACUGGACAUUGUAUGGAAGAAUAGCUGUAUGUGUGUGUGUAUGUGUGUCUCCCUCUGGUCACACUGGAAGCAUUACUGUAGGCAUUACUGUACGGGUAAGCGCGUCACGGGUCCUCCUCCUCCAUACCAUAAUGACCCGUCAUGGCUACCAAACACGAGCUUUACGCGUCUAUACGCACCGAUUAGCCGCCAUCUGCUGUUCACAAGAGCCGAACACUCUGCCACGAUCCUGGAUAAAGCCCAAAAAGCUGCCCUCGGAAUUACUGACACUUUAGAACGGUUUGAUUUGUGCCUAACAUCGCCUCGAUGCUUCAGUUCUCUCCACAUUGAUUCUUUGAGCACUUGUCUCUCACCGUCUCAACGUCAUCUGUACUGAUCUAUACUGUGCCCAGAGCGCUUCCUUGUUUCAGGCCAAUUGCGGGACUGGCUGAAUCGCGAGAGGAGGGGUGGUCUCCAGUAUCCGGUUCUUUUAGUAAUCUUGCGCCGGUGGAAUUUUAAAUCCGUACCACCAGCGGGUUUGCGCGGCAAGCGUAUCGGUUAAAUGUUAUGUUACAUAGUUGUACUAGUUUUAUGCGCGUGGUUUCGUUUGGAACGCUUAAUUGUUAGAGUGUAACAUUUGUGGAAUGAUCACAUUGUGAUUAGAACUUGUAAUUGUUACAUUUUAACAACGCAUGAUGAGCUGUAGAACAAUUAAUUAUUACAUUAAACAGCGCAGUACGAGUACUGAUAGUUUAAAACGUUUAAUUAUUACAUUUUAACAGCACAGAAUGAGAGUUGAUGUUUUUAGGACGUUUAAGUGUUACAUUUAACAGCGCAGAACCAGUAUUGAUAGUUUAGAACGUUCGUUUAUGACAUUUUAACAGCACAGAAUGAGCGUUGAGGUGUUUAGAACGUUUAAUUGUUACAUUUAACAGCGCAGAACGAGUAUUGAUAGUUUAGAACGUUCGUUUUUGACAUUUUAACAGCACAGAAUGAGCGUUGACGUGUUUAGAACGUUUAAUUGUUACAUUUAACAGCGCAGAACCAGUAUUGAUAGUUUAGAACGUUCGUUUAUGACAUUUUAACAGCACAGAAUGAGCCUUGACGUGUUUAGAACGUUCAGUUUGUACUUUUUUAACAGCGCAGAAUGAGCGUUGCGUUUAGAAUGAUUGUUACAUUUAGCGUAUUGGUAUUUUAUAACGUUUAAUUGUUAAAUUUAACUGCACAGAAUAAUUAUUGACGGUUUGGAACGUUUAGUUGUUACAUUGUAACAGCGGAGAAGUGAACGGAGCAGCCCACCGGGGUCUGGCAUAAAUAUUAAACAAAUGAUAGAGGAGGAGCCGGUGCAUGUUUGGUUUUAGAUAAAGGGAUGUGAACGGAGCUUUGGACUCGGUGCGUUCUUUUUCCUGAGAGGACGUUUGCUGGAAGUCCUGUUGCUUCAUUAUCACGAGUGAUCUCUCAUAACAGGAUUUGGGCAUUAUCGAUCGGAUUAUGAGUUAUCAUCCAUGCAAAGCUCUGUCCAAGCGUGUCAAGAGAUUGUGUAGCAUUCACUUGGUUGGAUUUUGCUUUCACAUCUUUGUAAAACUCUAGAGGUGAUUCGUUUUUUGUUGUCCUUUUUAUUCACCCAUUCGGACACAUAUGAUAAACGAGUUCUAUAUGAACGAUAUUUGUGUCCGCUGCAUGUAGGAUGCACUCCGCAGGCAAUGUUGAGAACACUGCAGAAGGAGGCAGUCCGGAGGAAUCGACUCCUGAACUGCAGGCUGGACAGAAUAAACAGUCCUCUCCCUCCACAAUGGAGCCAAGACCAGAGACAGAACAAUACGAGGAACUGGAGCAUAAAAUCGCGCCAGAGGACAGCACGGUGCAGCUGAUACAAACCGGCGGCACAGACAAGCGUCCGGCGACGCCACCCGCCCCCACCGCGGGACACCCGGGACCCGGUUUCGUUCCGCCCGAGGGAGGGUUCGGCUGGGUCGUGGUGUUUGCCGCUACUUGGUGCAACGGCUCGAUUUUCGGGAUACAGAAUUCGUUCGGUAUUCUGCACAUGAUGUUGCUGAAGGACCACGAAUAUCUCACGGACAAGACGUCUCAGUUUAAAGUGGCAUGGGUUGGAGCGCUGGCAAUGGGGAUGAUAUUUUUCUGCUCUCCUGUGGUCAGUAUGUUCACUGAUCAUUUUGGCUGCAGGAAGACGGCUGUCUGCGGAGCAUUUGUGGCCUUCAUUGGUCUUCUCACCAGUUCCUUUGCAACCACGCUGGGUCUUAGAUACUUCACAUAUGGAAUACUGUUUGGCUGCGGCUCGUCGUUUGCGUUUCAGCCUUCUCUGGUGAUCCUGGGGCAUUAUUUCCGGCAAAAACUGGGACUUGCCAAUGGUGUGGUGACGGCGGGCAGCAGCCUCUUCUCUAUGGGGCUUCCUGUGCUGCUCAAGAAAGUGGUGGAACCUCUGGGCCUCGCUAGAACCUUCCAGAUUCUCAGUAUCUUCAUGCUGGUCCAGUCGGUGCUCGCCCUCACCUUCCGCCCUCUCAUGCCCAGCGGAAUGUGCCCUAUGCCAGGCAUGGGAAUGGAAGAAGGUCCCCCAUCUGGCCUGGAUUCGGCGAGCAGGUGGCAGAGGGGCCUGGUGAAAGUGAGGAAGUACUUUAAUGUUCGUGUGUUCAGUGUGUUGACCUAUCGGGUGUGGGCGUUUGGCGUCGCCACGGCAGUGCUGGGAUAUUUCGUGCCAUACGUACACCUGAUAAAGUUUGUGAAGGAGCAGUUUGGAGACACUCAGAAGGAAUGGGUGCUUCUCGUGUGUAUAGGAGCGUCGUCUGGGAUCGGUCGACUGCUGUUUGGGAAGCUCGGAGAUCUCAUACCAGGAGUGAAGAAAAUCUACAUGCAGGUGGCCUCAUUCAUACUACUUGGCCUGAUGUCCAUGCUGAUACCUCAGUGUGCUGUGUUUGAAGGUCUUGUGGUGGUUUUUGUGUUUAUGGGUCUUUGUGAUGGCUGUUUCAUCACUAUCAUGGCGCCCAUCGCCUUUGAGUUGGUAGGGCCCAUGCAGGCGUCUCAAGCUAUUGGCUACCUCCUUGGCCUCAUGGCCAUACCGAUGACAGCUGGACCACCAAUCGCAGGCCUUCUUCAUGACUAUUUUGGCGACUACCACGUGGCGUUUUAUCUGGCUGGUGUCCCACCGGUGGUGGGGGGUAUCGUGAUGUUUUUUGUACCUCUGCUGCAUCAGCGCAUGCAAAGACGGCGCAAAGAGUCGAACGACCCGAGCAUGGACAAGAUGUUGAAGAACUGCUCAAACGGAGACAUGCUGCCAGGAUACACCGACAUGGAGACACACAUAUGAAGCCCACCGCCAAACAAAGGGAUUAAUGUCACCAGCAUUGCUCGUGGUGUGUGUGUGAGAGAUGGUGUAUGAUGUAUUUCCUAUUUGCUUGGCUCUAAUCAAAUACGUGGACUUGAAAAUCCCCAACCCCCCCAGCUUGUCUUCUGUUCUGGAACGACAUCCUUCAUCUAUCAAAGAGUUCAAAUCCUGUCAUAUCCGCCAGCUCCUGGGUGACUGCAGAACUUUCGCAGGCAGGUUUGCAUUGAAAUCUCCACCUUCUCACAGGGAGCUGGGCGGGAAAAGACAGAUGAACGCAGACUCCAGGUAGUGCCGUAAUACAGCCCCCAGUAAAAUCAGGAAAGUGAAUACUUUAGCACCUUUUAAAAUGACACGAAUACUUCAUCACUUUGUCGCAAGAGUGAAGAGUGCAUUUCAAGCGCAAGAAAAGUACUGUUUUAAAGAGGAAAAAUAGAGAUUCAUUUCAUUGAGCUUAAUAGAUCUUUUUCCCCAUUUGUUUUGUGCUAGAUAAUACAAAUCAGAUUUGUGUGCUUUAGAUGUUUCCAAAAUAUUUUUUUUCCCCCUUCAUAGUUUAAAACUUAUUUACAUUUUAUUUUAAAGUUGAAGUGUGCAAAAUACUUUCUCCUAUCCCAACUUAAUAUGCAGAGACAAUUAUAAGUAAGAUGUUCGUAGGUUGAUUUCCCCAAAAGGUGUAAACACCGUGGCUCUGUUGCGCUUUCAAAACAUUGCUCUGUUUGUUUGAGCAUCCUGACCAGCCCAACACAGCAACAUUGACUCAACCAAGGGGCGGGACUAUCUGUAUGUCCGAUCAAUGGAAGAGGGUGGCGUGUUCGGGAAACCUGUUUGUAAAAGUCAUUAUUUUGUAAUUCCAUUUGCUAGUUGCGCAGAAAUUACACACUUCACCUUUACGGAAAUUUUUCUGAGACAAAUUCGUCUAUCCUUGUGCACUUUCUGCUAUGAACUCUGAUAACCUCAGCCGUGAUUUUCUUAUCGUAACAUACCGCAACUGUGUAUCGCCUGUGAAUUAUGUAGAAAACUAAACGAGGAAUCAUUUUUUAUUAUUAUUUUUAAAAGCUAAUCCUAUAUCCUUAAUGAUAUCUGCUAAAAUUAGUUAAUUAAUAAUCAGCUAUGCAGUAAGGAGUACACAAACUGUGCCAUGACCACUGAGCCAGACAACAACUAAAGGAUCCAUUGUGCUAGGAAUCAAUAUUCCUGUAAACCUGCAGGAAUCCUCAUAAUAACGGAAUCACUACAUUUAAAUGUUUUCUAAUUCUGUGUAAAUGUGUUUUUGCCCCACAUUUGACUAACAUUUGUUGUAUUUGUUUCAGAAUUAAUAUUUUGUUUGUUUGGAAAAAGAUUGUUUUUCCGUUUCAUUGUGAUGUUUGGAAAAAUAUCCGGCAUUUUUAUUUGAGUGGAAUGGACUUUUAUAAAGAGACAAUCAAAGUGUGAAUUGAACUGUAUGAAGACACUAUAAAAAUGUCACAUUUGUGAUUCUGUUAAAGAAUGGAAACAACAGAUUGCUCUAAGCAAAACUACAUUGUAGUAUUACACAAAACGGGCCAUGUUUAUGAGUAUUAAUCAAUUAUAAUGUGAAAAAGUGAAAUUUGAAGCUGUUUUAUUUCGAAUGAUUUUGUGUUUUCUUAUUGGUUGAGAACAACCAUGUCUCUGUGUUUGGUGAGAGCAGUCAUUAGCUUUUUCUCCAAAACAUAAGCUCUGUUCCAAAACCUAGUGAACUGCCUAUCUCGGCAUCAUAGUCUGUUCUUAAAGGUUGGCAGCAACAAUAAAAAAAGUAUAUUUUACCCAAUAUUUACCCAACUUGUUAAUAUCAAACUCAAACUGGUAUCAACUGUCGAAUCGCGUGUUUUACGCACUUCACGCGACUCAAGGACCACUAUUUUAGUUGCUGCCUAUGUAGACCGUUCCAAAUAAUUUACUUGUGAGGCUUCAAAACAGCUAUGAUGCUGCUACAGGGGCUGUUCACAACAAAUGUGUUAUUGCGCUUAAAGACAGCAGAGAAUGCAGGUGUCUUGAGAAGCACUUUUUUCUUUUUUUUUUGUUGGGAUUUUUCCCCUUUUCUCCCUAAUUUGGAAUGCCCAAUUCCCAAUGUGCUUUUAGGUCCUUGUGGUCACGUAGUGAUUCGCCUCAAUCCGGGUGGUGGAGGACAAAUCCCAGUUGCCUCUGUGUCUGAGACUGCCAACCCGCGCAUUUUAUCAUGUGGCUUGUUGAGUGCGUUGCCACGGAGACAUAGCGCGUGUGGAGGCUUCAUGCCAAACUCACCACACGCCCCACCGAGAACAAACCAUUAUAGUGACCGCGAGGAGGUUACCCCAUGUGACUGUACCCUCCCUAGCAACUGGGCCAAUUUUGUUGCUUAGGAAGCCUGGCUGGAGUCACUCAGCACGCCCUGGGAUUUGAACUAGUGAACUCCAGGGGUGGUAGCCAGCGUCUUUUACCAGUGAGCUACCCAGGCCCCCUCGAGGUGCACUUUUAAAAGUUGGUGCUCUUUUCAACCUGUCCUGACGUCUUAAAAGCGAGACCAGUGCAAUGGUCAAAAAUGUCCGUCUUGCUCAUGUGUACAUAGAAGAACAAUUUAAAAAAUGCAGUCAGAUGCAAAAACGUAUUUUGUGUGAACGGCCCCUUAGAACGUCACUGUCUAUGUAGGCAGCAGACAGCAAGGCAGCUCACUUGUUUUCGGAACAGUCUUUUGCAUGUGUGCUGCGCAUCCAUCACUCUGUUUGUCAACUAAUUGAACCCAGAAGCCCUUUAAUCACCUGUUUCUGUCCGUGUUGUAAUUUAAAUCUGUCCGUUAGAGAUAAUCAACUUUGGUUCAGGUACAUUUUCUGCCUCAUUAGAUGCCCUUAGGUCAACUGUUUUAAAAACAAAACAAACAUAUAACAGAAAUGGUCACGAUGUUAACCAAACUGCCUCAAUUAACGCCGUCCUUCAGGUUUAACCAGGUUAAAGAGCUUUUACACUAAAUUAACUGUGUGGAUCUCACGAAAACAUGCCAAGGUCACAUUUCACCUCUAAAUCAAAUCACCUCUAAAUUUUGCUUAAACAAAUUAUUGUGAAAUUUUCAUGACAAUUAAAGGAAUAGUUCACCCAAAAAUGAAAAUACUGUCAUCAUUUAAACACUUUCAUGCCAUGUCAGAUGUGUAUGGCUUUCUUUCUUCUGCUGAUCUCAAACGAAGAUUUUUAGAAUAUCUCAGCUCUGCAGGUACAAUGCACAUGAAUGGUGGCCAUUUUGAAGCUCCAAAAAAGUACAUAAAGUAAGCAUAAAAGUAAUCCAUAUGACUCCAGUGGUUAAAUCCAUGUCUUUAGAAGCGAUCUGAUAGGUGUGGGUGAAAAACAGAUACAUUUUUAAGUCCUUUUUUACUAUAAAUCUCCACGUUCAUUUUCACAUUAUAUAAGUGAAAGUGAAAGUGGAGAUUUAUUGUAAAAAGUAUAGAAAUAUCGAUCUGUUUCUCACCCAAAGUGAUUGCAUCGCUUUAGAAGCCAUAUAUCGAACCACUGGGGUCGUAUGGAUUACUUUUAUGCUGCAUUUAUGUGAUUUUUGGAGCUUCAGAGUUCUGGUCACCAUUUACUUGCAUUGUAUGGACCUACAGAGCUGAAAUAUUCUUUAAAAAAUCUUUGUUUGUGUUCUGCAGAAGAAAGAAAGUCAAACACAUCUGGGAUGGCAUGAAGGUGAGUAAAUGAGGAGAGGAUUUUCAUUCUUGGGUGAACUGUCCCUUUAAGCACGUUUCUCCCCGAAAUUCUCAUUUCCAUACUGCACAUUUGAAUAACUCCUCAUUGAUUUUAAAUGGUAAUUUUCAUUAGAUUUUCAUUAGCUACUAUAAUACAGUAUUAAAGUAAAUAAAAUGUAUUUUUAUUCAGUCAGGCAGAACAAAUACUACCAUGAUGUAUUUAAAAAACAAAAAGAGAAAAAAAAAUAAAAAACAAUGUAGGUCUUAAAAUAGACUUAAUUUGCUUUAAGCAAAAUAUAAUUUCUUAUUUCUUUCUAUUUUAGGCUGGACGUGUUUUUGUGAGAUUCACUCUAAUAGCCUACAAGACACCACUUUAGAGAAUAGUUCUGUGUAAAAAUGGUGACUUAAUCAUUUAAAUGUAGAUUGGUUGAUUUUCUUUAUUGGAAAACUAUGAAUCUUGCAUACCUCAGAAGUCUACUGUACGGUUACGUGCGGACAUUCGUUGAACCCUGGUGCACUUAAUGUGUGUGUUUAUUUGCCUGUGAUUCACCUGCAGCGAUUGGCUGUGCAGAUUCAUUGACUGCAGUGUGAAUUUUUCAGUUUUGAAACUCAAAUCCAUGAUUCUAGUAUCCUCUCUCUCUCUACAUAUACAGCAUGUGAAUAUCAGUGCUGAUGAUAACAAGACUUGGAACUGGAUCCCUCCGUGUAUAGUACUGUCAUGUCAUCCAAAUGGUAACCUGAGUUUAGAUGAUGAGUUUUUUUCUCAUGCCAUGUUUGAUGAUGUGUGUGAGUUUGUAUAUGCAUGAAAAGACUGAAUGAGAGACAGACAGACAGAUAGACAGAUAACAAGUGUGUUUGAUGGACAGUCAUGCGGAAACUCAGGGAGUGCAGAAAUGUUUCAUUUUUUACAGGCAUAUUUUACAGAUGUUUGACAGUGCAUUUGUGAGUGGAUGAGAACCCAUUUUUUAGUUCUUGAAUGAAUCGCAGGUCACAUUUUACCCCAUCAUAAGAAAUGAUAUUUUGCAUCAAGAAAACUAAAUCUUUUAGGACCAUUAAGAUUUUUAUUUGCAUUGUGACAUUAUUUAAUGACAAUUAAGCACUUUUCCCUCAAAUUCGUAUUGCUGUAUGCAUCCAGACAUUGUAUAUUUGAGCUUUUUUUGUAAGUCCUAUUAUUCGCAAGUAUUUUUUACUGUAUUUCGGUCAUGAGAAUACAAAAAAAAUGAACUUGUGAAAUAAUUCUGUAGCCUGUCAAAUGUUUGCAUUACUUGUACUUUGUAAUGAGAAUGAGAUUUGUUUGCAUUGCAGUAAUGGUGCUUAAUUGUCAUGAAAUGCAGUUUAUGUCUUCCAUUACUGUUUAUUAUUUCCAGUUAUGGCCAAAAUUGCACGUGGUUUAUGUGGUUGGACUCUAAAUAUCAGUGUCUCUUGUCUGUUCUGGUUUUGGUUUGAUUCAUGUUCACCUUUUACAGAUUAACAGUGUAUGACCAUUAACAAAUAUUAUGAUGUAACUUCCUUCUUUUCUUACCUCGCUGAUACACUGAUGUCUUUUGUGUCACGCGCUCAUGCUGGAUUGAUGUUUCUCUGUUUUCCUUUUAAUGCAGUUUUCUUUCAAGGCCAGAUUAAAUGACACUUUUAUUUAUCUGGGGUUUUUUUUCUUUCUUCUAGGUAGUGAAUCUAGGGGCCGCAGUAAACAUCUGUAAAUGUUGAACUGAUUUCCAAAACAGUCUCUUUAGCUUGGCUCGGUUUUCAAAUCGAUAGUUGCUUUCUGCUCUUUCUGCCGUACCAUGUGCCUGCACACAAAAUACAUUAACAGUGCUAAACUCCACAAAGCUUCUCAAUUAUAUCGUUUACAGUUUUCAAACAACAUAAACACUGCACUUACAUUUAAGUACAUCACUCAUAUAUGCAUACACACAGAUAAACCAGAGUUGACCUUUUGGGGGUCUUAUUUUGGACUGUCCGUCCCACCUGGUGCUCAUUUGUUACUAUAGCAAAACUUCACCUAAAGUAACAUACUAUAAGGCCUGUGUUUUGCUCAUAUUCAGGCUAUAGGGCUUCAAAAAUAGUUAUUGCUCAUUAUAAGGGUCAUAACAGGUCAGGAAAAUAGGAAGAGUCUUUGUAUUUCUCUCUUUACACAACUGUAGCACCUGUUAUCUAAACCUCAAUCUACAAUCAUCAUGAAUUAUUAGCAAUUUAAAAGGAUUAUUGAAGCUGAGCUGCUAGGAAUGUGUAAUUUUUUGUGUAUGUGAAAAGUAUGUUUUGAUCCUGUCAAAAAUGUUUUUUGUUUUAUUAUAAUUCAACCAACAAUAAACAUUUUACACACCAAGUUGUUAUUCCAAA